AUGGGUAGUACAUGCUCUGGUAAUAAAGAUAAUGAACAGCAGAUGAUCUAUCUCAGAAACCAAAGCAAAAUCUCACCAGUAGAGCAAUCAACUCAAAGUCAAUCAAAUAAUUUUUCUACAACUAAUACAAAUACAUAUGAUCCACAAGUAAUUCUCGAUGAUGAUUUUGAAGCUGAAAUUAUUACAGUUAUUGCUGAAUGUAUGGCUUCCGUGCCUGUAGAUUUCUAUAUGUAUCGUUCAACAUCUGAGCCAUGUCAUAUUCUUCAUAACUCGGAUUAUCCAGAUAAAAAUAAAACGAUGCUUAAUGGGACGAAUCAUAAAAAAGCGACGUAUAACGAAGUGAAACAACAAAUCUGUGAUCGAAUCAAUGAACGUAUAACAGCAUCGUUUGAAUUGCAAACUGCUGAUUGGGAACUGUCAUCUCGAGAAACGGCUCGUUCAUUUCUUAAAGUAUUUAUUGAAAAGCUUGUCGAUGAAAAAAUGAGUCAUUCAAUGUUUGAAUAG